AAUUGUUGUCUGCUGCGCAGUGUAAACAAAAUGGAGGACGGUUGUCAAAAGAAAAUAUGGAUUCGGCUGAAAAGAAAAGAUAUAGGUGAGGAGAACUGUUCAGGGGUUUUCUGUGUGGAGAUCAGCUUUGGCCAAUCCAGUCAAGAGAUCAAGGAAGAGAUCUCAUCAACUUGCAGUCUCUGUGACCUUAAAAACGUUGUGUAUAAAUUGAGGAACCACAGAGGCUCAUUGGUCCCACUCACCUGGAAUCUUGCUGCCAACUCAAGCUCCAGACCCUAUUUGCUGGAGAUUGUCAGAGUUCAUCAAAAUAUUAAACCUAAACCAAGAUCUAUCACAAUAAAAAGUGUCAAUGACACGGUCAAGGAAAAGCUGACAGACAUUAUGUCCAGGAUAGAGAAGUUGGAAAAUGCGUCCCCAGCCCUGAAGGAGAAGAGGAAUGACAAAAUUGACAUGGAGAUGAAGAAAGUUGAGCAGACUCUUGAGUUUUUGGACCGCCGUAUGCAUGAUGCCGAGAAUGUCAGCUGGAAGGGGAUGUUCAAGAAAAACCCACUCUGGUGAAACCCCUCCUAGUGAGGGUUGACAAAAACAUUUCUCUGCAUUUAAAGAUUUUGAUAGCAAAGAAUAUGGUUAUUUGUGACUUGACAGACAGGUUUUUGUUUUUAAACCAUGUUAUGAAUUAUUUUUGGAAUUUAUUUAGUUGCAUUUUAUUGUUAUGUUUAAAAAAAGCAUUUAUUGCCGUUUCAUAUUUUUUUAAUCUAUUUAUGUAAAAAAUUGAAACUUCAUUCAACAUGCGUAUUCUUGACUGUAGUUACAAAAGUAAGUAUUUAAUUUUCCAGACAGUAUUUUUCAGUGAUUUAUCAGAUUAGAAUUGCUGUAUUACACUCAACUACAUUUGGACAUUUUUAUUCAAAAUAGACAAUAUUAUCAUAACAUUAUCAUGGAAAUUGUUUUUCGAUACAUUUUUUGUUGAAAUUAUUUUUUUUUAUUCCAAUAAUUAUCGAUAUAUGACAUUAUGGCAUUAUCUGGAUAAUCUUUGUUCCUGAAUUUAUUUUACAAAUUUAACAAAAUAGUUAUAUACAUUAUCAAAGAAGCUACCUUUUUAUUACUUAAACAAAUGAAAUGAAGAAUAGUGAAAUAUAUCAACAUGGAUCUUUUAAAUUGUUAAAGCCCUUUAAAAAGGGUGCAUCUUCGUCUACCAUUAUACUUUUACUUUGACAUAAUUAUCUGACAUAACUAGAUCUGAUUGUUUAUCUGUGAGUCUUGAUUAUUGUAUUGUACUUUCAUGUUGUCUGUGAUAUAUUGCAGUUUCAUUUUAAGUCAUUGUUGAUCUCUGGCAUAAACUUUCUUUACAUAUUCAUAGACUUGUGACAUGGAGCUGAUUGUUCAGAACUUUGUUAAAGUUAACAAGGCCGUUAACGACAUUGUUGUAAACUUUAUUCGAUGGAUUAUUCAAUGAUGUGCUCAUGUGUUUGGAUAUAAACAAGUACACCUGAAACAGUUGUCUCAAAUCUUGUUAGAAAUAUAGCAGAUUACAAGUGUAUCCAUUAAACUUCCAGAGCAUUAACAAGUAAAGAGUUGACAACGAUGACGUUAACAAUGGUUUUCAAUUUUAACAAAGUUCUGAACAAUCAGCCCAUGGUUUGUUUGCAUGUUUUCAGCCAUUUACCUCAGGUUGUAGAAUAGUCCAUGUUUUUUUUAAGCUGUAUCUUUUAGCUGCCGGUCACCUGUGCAACUGCCAGUCCAACAUAAAAUUUUACACAUUUUUACAAAUAUUAAGUAAAGCAUUUGAAAUCAAAUAUUUUCUGUCAAAAUCUAACAAUUAAUGUAUUUUAAGAAUAUAUAUAUAGUUUAUAUUUAAGAGUCAUGUAUAAUUAUUAGCAUUUACAUUGAUAUUAAUGUGAUGUACAUGUUUAAUAACAUUUAUGGGGGAAUUUAUAUUAAUCUGAUACACUUAUAUCUAUUUACUCUCUUAGCUGGCUGGAUACCAUAAAUAUUUAAACCUACUUAAAAGAUGAUUAAAAAAAUUGUGUAAACAAGAGUUAAGAGUGAUAACUGGAUAUUUACUUGUAUAAAUAAAGCAGUGUUCACAUA